CCCCGGUACACGGAUCACCGAAAUGGCCUUCAGGACACUCCUCGCAUUCGCUGUUUCUGCGUUUGCCGCUACCUCUGCCCGGGCGCAGUUCAACUCGACGUUCAGGCCACUCAGGUUUGCUGGUGUGAACAUUGCUGGUUUCGAUUUCGGUUGUGCCACCGAUGGAUACUGCGACAUCACCCAGGCCACUCCUCCCCUGCUUCAGCUCGGAGGCUCCGACGGUGCGGGCCAGAUGAUCCACUUCUACAACCAGGACUACUACAACGUCUUCCGGCUGCCCGUCGGGUGGCAGUACCUGACGUACAACCAGGAGACGGGCACGCUGAACGAGACACAGUUCGCGAACUACAACAUGCUCGUGCAGGCGUGCCUCGACGCGGGCUCGGACGCGUACUGCGAGAUCGACAUCCACAACUAUGCGCGGUUCAACGGGUCGAUCAUCGGCCAGGGCGGGCCGAGCAACGAGAUCUUUGCGGACCUGUGGUACAAUAUUGCGUCGUAUUGGAAGGAUGAGUCAAGGGUUAUCUUUGGUGUUAUGAACGAGCCCCAUGAUAUCCCGGACAUUUACACCUGGGCUGAGAGUGUCCAAUAUGCCGUCACUGCGAUCCGCGACACCGGUGCUACGUCCCAGAUCAUCCUGCUCCCCGGUAACAACUACACAUCUGCCGAGGCCUUCGUCGAGAACGGCUCCGCCGAGGCGCUCAACAACGUCAAAAACCCCGACGGCUCAAUCACCGGCCUUGUCAUGGACGUGCACAAGUACCUCGACUACGACAACUCAGGCACGAACAUCCCCUGCGUGACGAACAACAUCCAGUCGUCCUGGGCCCCGCUCUCGGACUGGCUGCGCGCAUACGGCAGACAGGCGCUCAACACCGAGACGGGCGGCGGCGACGUGUACUCGUGCGUCGGCUACCUCUCUCAGCAGGCUGCGUACCAGGCCGCCAACUCGGACGUCCUCCUCGGCUACCUCGGCUGGGCGGCCGGCGGCUUCGCGACGAGCUACAUCCUGACCGAGACACCGUACUACAACGGCACGGCGUGGAACGACACCGUCACCGUCGCAUGGGCGCUCUCGCCCGCGACGAACGGGCUCGUGCAGUCCGUUCCCGGCAUCGGCCUAAGCCCGUGGUUCAACUCGAACUUCACUGCAUAAGCUCGACAUCGGUGCUUUGGGUCAGCUUCUUCGUCGUUUGACUUAUUUUCUUUCGUUGAUGGUAUCCCUCUCUCUUUUACUGUAUCGCUCUCUUUUCCGCCGUCGUUUAGUCUGUAGUAUUUAUUCUCGAGACAUUUACAGAAUUGAAAAUGUACUAGUGAACAUUUG